AUGAGGUAAGUUUCAUGAUAUUUAUUUAUAAUGCUAUAUGAAAAUAAUAUUUUAAAAAAUCUUGGGGGAUUGUUUAUAGCUUUAUUAUGCCACACCAAACCAAUAAUUUGGGCUACGAUUGUCUGAGUUGUUGUAAACGACAACAGCUGAUUUGUUGUUGUACAAUAACAUUGUGCAUCAAAGGUUGUAUUGUGGUCCCAUUCUUGUUAUUUUUUAGUUGUAGAAAGUAGGCGAUUUUAUGCUAGUAAUGAGUGUAUGAAGUGUUGCCAGUUGUACAAUCUAUGGCACUUUAUUUUCCUGAAUAUUGCUUGACAAACAGAUGUUUACCUAUUCCAUAUUUUGACCCAUCCAGCUUCAUAGUGAUUAGUGAAAUAUUAACUUUAUUUGAAACUUUAUUUUUGAUGUAUAUGAGAUAAUAUAGUAUAACAAAUAUUCUUUUUUCACAGAGUCAGAUAAUGGGUAACAACAAAGGUGCCACACCAACUUCUUCAUUUUAUGGUAGAUAAUGUGCACCUUGUAUUCAAAGAAUUCAUGUGGAAAACCCUUUUGUGCUAUAUCCAAAUAUAAGUGAAGAAGAAAGUGAUUCUGAAGACCUUGAAGAUAAUGUUGGUGAUUAUGAUUACGAGGUUAGUGAUAGCAAUGAUGAAAGUGACUUGAGGACCCAGGUAUAAAUAAUCCCAGACCUAAUUCAACUGAAGCAGCACAAAAGCAACAAAAUGGCAACGAAAGCGACAUGAAUGUGCAUUGGAGGAAAUGCAAUCCUGUGCAAUUUGAUGUUACGUAUAUUGGUCCUGGAUUACCACUACCUCCAGAUGAACAGGUUAGCCCUAUAGAAUACUUCAAGAUGUUUUUUGACAAGUUAUUUGAACAUCUUGCUGAACAAACAAACUUGUACUCGGCUCAGCAAACCAGAACCUCAGUAAAUACUAACCAACUUGAAAUAGAGCAAUAUCUAGGCCUUCUAACUAUGAUGUCAGUUAUCAAGUUGCCACAAGUCAGAAUGUACUGGGCAAAAGAAACCUGGAUCCCAGUUAAUGCCUGUUGCUCGGUUUGACAAGCUACAAAGGUUUUUUCAUUGUAAUGACAAUUUCAAAAUCAUACCUGCAGGCCAACCAGGGCAUGACAAAUUAAUUAAAGUGAGACCAGUGAUUGAAUCUGUUGUAACAAAAUGUAGGAAAGUUCCGCAAGAAGAAAAACACUCUGUCGAUGAGCAGAUAAUACCGACAAAAAGCCGCACAAGUUUGAAACAAUUCUGUCCCAAAAAGCCUAAUAAAUGGGGAAUUAAAGUCUGGGCAAGGUGUGGGGUUAGUAGGCUAGUGUAAGACUUUUAAGUUUACACAGGCAAAUCUGAUCAGGAUGAAGAUUUCCCUUCACUUCUUAUGGGUGGAAAUGUGGUACGCCGCCUGUGUGAAACUCUGCCAUCAAAUGUUAAUCGCAAGCUUUACUUUGACAACUACUUUUCAUCUCCGAAAUUAUUGCAGUAUUUGACAAAGCAAAAAAUAUGGGCAGUUGCAACUAUUCGGUAAGAUCGGCUAAAGGGAGCAAAAAAGCAUCUAAAGAGUGAAAAGGAAUUGAAACAUAAUGGACGGGGUAGCAUGGAUUGGAUUGUGGAGGCAAAUAGUGGCAUAACAGUAAUUAGAUGGUUAGAUAGUGGGUCUGUUUAAUUGGUAUCAAAUUAUGUGGGUAAAGAACUUGGUCCAUAAGCAAGAAGAUGGUCAAAGAAAGAAAAAAAGCACAUUCAGAUAAACAGGCCCCUUGCAGUCCAUGAGCAUAAUAUUCAUAUGGGAGGGAUUGACCUUUGUUACAUGCUACUUUCCCUCUAUGCAUAUCUCAAUGUUCUCUGAAGUACUAUAUGCACAUUAUCUAUUAUUGCCUUGGUAUCUCAGUAACAAAUGGUUGGCUUUUAUAUCGGAGACAUAUGGAGCAGGAAGGGGAGGAGAAAAAGAAUGAGCUGAAAUUGAUUCAAUUUCAUUCCCAGAUAGCCGAUAGCCUCAUUCGAUCUGGUAAAGUUGUAACCCAAAAGAGAGGUAGACCAUCCUUGGAAAGAGAAACACCUGUCAAGCAGAGAUGA